GAUUGUCUUAGGAAGAGAAAUCAACUUCGUGUUCUGGAAGACCAGCCUGAAACUAUUGUAAAUCAACAAAUGAAAUUGACACAUUUAUUAACAAACCAGAAAGGACUGCUAUGUAUUAAUGACAAAAUUAAUGGAAACCCUGUGCAAAUUUUAAUUGAUAGUGAAGCCACUCGAAAUUUUAUUGACAAAAAGUUCGCUGAACAAAAUAAUCUGUUUAUUUCUACUGGUAAAGAAAUUUAUAUUGAACUUGUAAAUGGUGCAAAGGAAAAAUCACAUGAGCUUGUCACCUUGUCUAAACUUGAGUUAGGAACUUAUCAUACCUUUAGAGUUGAAGCACAUCUAAUUCGACUCCAUCGUGAUGAUUUGAUUCUUGGACAAUUUUAA